AGUGACUCAGCAACAGCCCGAUUGCCGCUGUCAUCAGGAACCGCGCUAUCAUCAUCAUCAUCAAACAAAGGCUACUCGUGUUAACUGCGUCCUACAAAACCAAUUUUUAGCGCACAAAGGCAAAUAACUAACAGCUUGCAAUUAGAUGGUAAAGGAAAUUGCAUAUAACCAACACUUGUAUAGCUGAAGAUGCAAAAAACACCUCUUCGUGGCGAGCAACAAGUGUCCAUCCCGCGCACGGGCUUCGAUAACUAUGUAGCAAGCUCAAGGUGUGGCGAACUGUCCUCGUGCAACAAGACCGUAACGUUAACAACCGUAGGUAGAACACACAUGGCCGCAGCGGACCAGUACGUCUUCCCGUAAGUAAAAGCCACGCUCCCUUAUUCCACCGUCAUCAUGUCAAAGGUGUGUGACAACGAAAGCGCCUACGAGGAGGUUGCCCACAUCGGAACCGGGGCCUUCGGCACGGUUUACAAGGCUAGAGAUCGGCACAACGACGGGCGGUUCGUUGCGUUGAAGAAAGUGCGCAUUCCACUAAACGAAGAAGGCAUUCCGAUGGGAACGCUCCGCGAGAUAUCGCUGCUGAAGCAACUCGACUCGGCGAACCACCCAAAUGUUGUUCGCCUGCUCGACAUCUGCCACGGCUGCAGGAUGGCUGGAGAGUUGGUGUUGUUUCUGGUGUUUGAACACGUCGAUCAAGAUCUGGCGACGUUCUUAGACCGUUGUCCGGAGCCCGGCUUAGACCCGGCGCUUAUUGCUCGCCUCUUCAAGCAGCUCAUCACCGGGGUUGAGUUUCUGCACUCAAACCGCAUCGUUCACCGCGACCUGAAACCGCAGAACGUGUUGGUCACGUCGCGGAGGCAGUUGAAGCUGGCUGACUUCGGAUUGGCACGGCUGUACGAAUAUGAAAUGUCGCUGACUCCGGUCGUGGUAACCCUGUGGUACAGACCUCCGGAAGUCUUGAUGCAGACGAGUUACGGAUUGCCGGUGGACCUCUGGAGCUGCGGAUGCAUCUUCGCGGAGAUGUACCGUCGGAAGCCGUUGUUCAGCGGUCAGUCGGAAGGAGACCAGCUGACGAAGAUCUUCGAAGUCAUCGGCGUCCCGAGGAAGGAAGACUGGCCCGACAUUCCGCUGUCCUGGUCAACGUUCCAGCGUUGCGGGGAAGGGAAGAAGUUGGAAGACCUCGUGCCAGAGAUGGAGGUGGCCGCAACAGAUCUUCUGCGGGAGAUGCUAGUCUUUGUGCCGAGCAAGCGUAUCACCGCGAGCGCGGCGUUGAAACACGAGUAUCUGCGGGACGUUGAAGUGUGUGUCGAUUCGGGUGAGAGGUGAGGGUCGUUGUUUUUGUUAUUAUUGCUGUUUUAAAGCAGGUCAACCAAAGCUGAUGUAAGUAUUGGCUCAGUUCUGGUCAUCGAGAAAGAAGAGAAGCAAAGCAAACGUUUUUGGAACAACAAGGUUAUUGGCUGUACCUCAAAGAGGUUUUGCCGGAACGUUCGUAUGGCGCAAAUCUGCUCACAGUCCUGCAUCGUGCCGUAUUACCUCACAGCAUACCGGGUGGAUCAUUCCUGUCACCAUGAAUGUGUGAAUAGGAAAUGUCAAAAUCAGGGCAUUAGGCUUACGGGAUGUCUUUCUUGUAUGAUAUUUUUGUAUUCUAGACGCGGGGGGGGGGGGG